CUCGUUUCUCCCCUUUCCUUGAUUAUGUGUCGCUAAUAGUUUAUUGUGACUUGGAGAACCCGUUUUCUUGCUGUUAAAUACUCCCCUUCCCCUCCACUUACUAGACACCCGGGUGCUCUACAUAGAGUAUCAGGACUAUAUACAAGGAACCUCUUACCUCUCUCUACAAUCCCAAAAGCAUACUCACCAUGUUCUCAACCAAAAUGUCCAGGACGCUGUCUCGCCUUCUGCAAAGACAACAACCAACAGCACAACCACCAGCCGCAACCACCAUUCCAGCGCCAUCAAGCCAAACAUGCAUCCGCUCCGCCCAAACACAAGCAACAACAUCCUUCCCACCCGAGAUCGACGACAUGCUCUCGACCCUCCCUCUCAUCAAAUCCCUGCGGCAAGACCCCACCUUCAAAGAAACUCGCCCGCACCUCGCAAUGCCCAGCAACCUACGCAGCUCGCAUUUCGUGGGCGGCUCCCUAGCCGGACAGGGUAAACUGGCCAGCGCCUCGUAUAUGUUCAUGUCACAGUCGCGGCCCUCCUCCUCCUCCUCCUCCUCCUCCUUGACGGGACAUCCGCAAUCACAGAACACUGCCGCAGCCGCAACCGCAACCGCAACCGCAACCGCUGAACCCCCCCAAUGCCAAAUCAUCGCUUUCUUCCCCAUUGGAAGUCAGAUGUGCGGCCACCCCGGUUUCGUCCACGGCGGGCUUCUCUCGGUUCUCUUCGACGAGGUCUUCGCGUACUGCGCGUCGCAGUCCUUUCGCACGGGCUCCGGCAUGACUGCGAAUCUCAACGUCAAUUUCAGGAAACCUGCGCUCCCGGAUCGCGUGUAUGUGUUGCGGGCUGCCACGGUCAAGGUGGAGGGGCGCAAGGCUUGGGUGGAGGGGACCAUGACCAUGACUUCCUUGCCCUUGCAUGGUGCGGGUGAGAGUGACGGAAAGGCAGAGCAGCAGCAGCAGCAGCAGCAGCCUGUGAUGGUUGCCGAGGCGAGCGCUCUGUUUGUGGAGCCGAAGUUUGCUGAGUCCAUGGCGCCUGUGUAUCGCCAUUAGAUGUGAGGUGAUGCCGCUGGAACAUUCGAU